ACAAAGAUCAAGACCCCGGCUACUCUGCGCCCUCGAGUUCUAUCGUUGUAAGCGAUAUAACUCAUAGUGUAAGAACGACAGGAACCCGUGAGAUAAUGUGAGAUACGAGGCAGAUAUGGUCAUUUUUUUACUGGUCUGAUCUUAUGUCAGCCAUUCUUCUCCCCCUUACUCUAUGCAGUUGCAGUGGAGAGGUGCUCUGAUAAGUGUACAAGAUGUGGUGGAUUGUACUUACCUUGCUAUCCCUGAUUGUAAUGGUCAGGGUAUGGUACAGACUGCAAUCAGGGCGCUGCACGUCUCAGAAAACAUUGGAUGGCAAGACUGUAAUCAUCACAGGUGCCUCUGCAGGUAUUGGUAAAGCCACAGCAUUUGACCUGGCAAGGAGAAAAGCUCGGGUCAUCCUUGCCUGCAGGAAUUUAGAAAAGGCUCAGAAAGUUGCAGAUGAGAUCAUAAGGGACACAGGAAACACUUCAGUCCUUGUACACAAGCUAGAUACAUCAGACCUCUCUUCCGUCCGAAGUUUUGCACGCGAGAUUAUCAAAACGGAAAAUUCUCUACAUAUUUUGAUAAAUAAUGCUGGAAUGGCUGGUCAUUAUAAAAGGGAACACACAGCUGAUGGCUUGGAGUUAACAAUGGCAACAAACCACUUUGGCCAUUUUCUACUUACCAAUUUGUUACUGAAUCUUCUGAAGAAAAGUGCCCCGAGCAGAAUCGUCAAUGUGUCUUCCAAAAUGCACGAGUUUUGCAGUAAGCUAGACCCAGAAGACCUCAAUUUCGAGAAGUGUUCUUAUAGCACUUUCACGUCGUACAAUCAGAGCAAACUGUGUAACAUCCUCUUCACACUGGAACUCGCAGAGAGGCUUCAUGGCUCAGGGGUUACAACAAACAGCUUGCACCCCGGAGCUGUGGAUACUGAAAUUACCUACAAAAUGGGUGGCUUUGCUGGUUACUCACAAGCAUUUUUGUUCAAGUUAAUGGGAAAGGAUUGUGAACUCGGUGCCCAGACCAUCAUCCACUUGGCAGUUGCAGAAGAAGUGGAAGGCAUAACAGGGAAAUACUUUGUUGAUUGCAAGGAAACAGAGAGUUCCAAGCUGGCUCAGCACAGAGGGAUUGCCAAAAAGCUGUGGCUUGCCAGUGAACUUGAUGUGAAGUUGGAAAAUGAGGAAAUGAAGUAAUCUUUAAGGAGGAAUACAGCAAAAUGUGUGUAUAUAUAUAUAUAUAUAUAUAUAUAUAUAUAUAUAUAUAUAUAUAUAUAUAUAUAUAUAUAUAUAUAUAUAUAUAUACAUAUAUAUAUAUCUGUAAGUGAAUUGUAAUAUAUAUUUGGCUUAUUGGUUUUGUUGAAAGCAGAGUAAAUUCACAUUAUAGGAGAUGCAGUAUAUGAUUUCAGAAUAAUCCAGCCCAUGUAAGAGCUUUGUUUUCAUUAUCUUCUAUAUCAAAGUAUAACUGUUUGGAAUAUUUUUUUUCUUUUCUCUUUAUGCAUUACUUCAACUGUCAGAUUCCACAAAAAUUAUUCUAUAUACAUUUCUCUUCUAAAACUGAAAAAAAAAACAAGAUACCCCAUCCUUUGCCUAGAUAAGACAAGACAGGCAAGUAUACCAUCCACUUUACCUGUGCAAGUCAUACCUGUGCCCUUCUACAGACCAUACAUCUUGCCAUGUAAGUGGAAGUGUCUCCUGUGUGUCAAAGACUUCCUGCUUUUUCUAGCUUCUUUUCUGAUUCAGCUUACAUUUAAUUUCUCUCAGGUGCUGAAUGCUUUGUCAGCUUUAAGAAUUACAGAUUUUUGUUGUUGAAAGAUUAUUAAUUAUAGAUUUUAUGUGUAAUAGCACUGGCUUGAUAGCCCUUAGCUUGACUUUUUAUUUAUUUAUUAAUUUUUUUUUUUUUUGUGUGUGUGUGUGUGUGUGUGUGUGUGUGUGUGUGUGUGUGUGUGUGUAUGUGUGUGUGUGUGUGUGUGUGUGUGUGUGUGUGUGUGUGUGUGUGAAGAGAGUCUAAAACUUCACUGCUUUUGAGUAGAUAGAAAGAUUAGAAAAAUAAUUAGUAAUCUCUGAAUUGACAGUGCUUAUGAAUUUAUUUUGCUUGAUAAUGGAAGUUGUUUGGAUUGAAAAUACCUCUAGUGAUCCACGUAAAACAACAACACAAAGAAUAUGUUCUCUGCAAACAACAAAAACUGUAGUCCAGGACAAGGAUAGCUUUAAAAGAUUGUCUGUAUUCAAAUCUGUAAUAUAUGCACUGCAAAGAAUAUAGAACAAAAGUGAAUGCUCAAUAUGUUAGUGUGUAUGUUAUUUUAAUACCAUGUAUAACAUUCGUCACAAUUUGCUUGAUAUCUGCUUUAUAUUGUGCAGUUCUCUAGUGUUUGCAUGAUUUUUGAUAUCUGGUAAAUAAAAUCAUAUGAAUUA